AUGCACUACCUGCCAAACCUGCGCAAAAUCCUCACCACGAAGAAGAAGGAAAAACCAGGGUGCGACAACCGUUCGUUUCUUCCCUUAAUUGUCUCGUCGCGUUCAUUUCCGCCGACGCAGAGGGUCAAGCUGCACCAGCCCCUGGACUUCCACGCCGACAGAAGCAAGGCUUCGGGCACUGCGAACGCUGCACAAGCGGCCGAGCCACCGAACCCGCAGGCGCCCCUCGGCAACCGACUCAGACCCCGGCUUCUAGGCCAGCGCGUGGCCGCCGCGGUUCCGAUGGGCCAGGAACUGCACGGCUGGAUCCAGAGCUUCCCCUGGCGCCGUACAGCGUACGUGGCCUUAGCAGCGGCUCUGAUUCUGGGCGCCUGCGGGCUGGCGCUUUUCCUGGCCUGGUACGGAGAGCUCGAAAAGCCCAUCUGCGACGAGGCCUGCAUGGAAUACACCACGCUGCUCGGCAAAACCAUGGACUGGUCGGUGGAUCCCUGUGAAGACUUCUACCGCUUCGUGUGCGGCCGAGCGCCGAGAAACGAGACGUCAGUGCGCCGUAGUAUCAACGACCGCUUCCUCACUACGGUCAUCGAUACCGCCAGGAACGAGGAGAUCCCGGCCGAAGGCCAGAGUGUGGCGCAGAGGGCGGCGCGUCUUUUCAAGACCUGCGAUGACGUGUUGAUACAAGAGACGGACUACGUGCCUCGUAUCCGCGGACACAUGCGUGAUGCCAACCUGCAUUGGCCUCAACACCCAUCGAAUCGUGACACCGCCUCGGUGGACGUGUUGAGUACCAUGCUUGACCUGAGCAGCAAGUGGGGCUGGCCGUGUUUUCUCGAGUUCCAAGCUGAAAAAGUCGGCGAAUAUUCGUUCGAGAUUGUCGCGAAGCCUACUCCGGGCCUUGACCAAUUCAAGCUCCACGCGCUAAACCUCGAGCCGGGGUCGCCGGCCCAUCGAGAGUUCUUCGAGACGCUGUACACGCACUACGGCGGCGGCGUAGCAGACGGCGUCACCUUCGAAGAGAUGUUGUACUUCGAGGCCGAGGUCUUGGAACCACUUCUGAAUGUGUAUUUCGCGCCGCCCCAAGCAUACGUGUUGGAAAGGAGCGACUCCGACACGUCAGGAACGUGGGAACGAUGGACGACCACCAUCGCGAGGCACUACGGCCUCUCUGGAAACGAAAUGGUCACCAUCUCGACGACCCAGCGGGAGUACUUCCAGGUGGUGCUGGAGCUGAUCGCUCAGAAGGAGACCGUCGUGGAGCUCGUCAUCGGCUGGCUGUGCGUCCAGUUCACCUCGUGGUUCGCCAACCGACAGCUGAUCGCAAACUACAACGGCAACGGCGAGGAUGUCGCGGUGCUACACCGGAGAAAUUGCUUAGGCUUCACCUUAGCGACCAUGGGAGUGGCCCUGUUCGUCCCCUUCGUGGAGAGCGUCUACACCGAACCGGUUCGCGCCGACGCUGCGCGCAUCACCAGGGCCGUGCGUCGCACCGUGUACCAGAGCCUCGACAGGGCCACAUACCCUUGGUUCGAACUCGACGUAGUCUUCAAGAUCCUGGACAUCGCUAGCUCACACGACAUCGAAGCGAGGUUCUCACAUUUUCCGGACAUGGAGGUCAGUUUCGUGAGGAACAUGCGAGACGCGAUCAUCGCCACCCGCCGGACCAACGCGGACGCGAUCGGCGCGCUGAUUGAUGCGUGGAUGUUGGCGGACGAACUGUACGCAUUCCUGACCACUCCCGACCGGGCGGACUACUCUCUCAAGCCUUCCAUAUUGACGUCGCCCCUGUACCACCUAACCGCACCUAUGCCGGUGCGCCUAGGCACGUUCGGCGUCGAAGUGGCUAAGGCCACCAUUAUCAGCUACGUGGAUCUUCGAUACGAGGGCCAUAGCACCAAUGCUCUGGAUCUCUUCCGAAAAUGCUUCUACGCGGCAAUGAACAAAGAGCAACCCGGACAGGACGGCCCCGAAUGGCACCAAAGAGUGGGCACCAACAUGGCGUCUGGCGCCGCAAUGGACGUCGCGCUCGCAGUGCUCAGGCUGGAACCGUCCUUCAACGAGCAGCGGCUGCGCAACGUGUCUCUGUCGGGACACCAGCUCUUCUACGUGAUGCAGUGCUACGUGCAGUGCGGGGCACAAGACGGCCCGGCGCUGUGCAACGAGCCACUCAUACACAAGGAGGACUUCAGCAACGCCUUCUCGUGCCCUCCUCAAAGCAACAUGCGAUCCCAGUACCAGUGCAAGAGUUUCGUCUGA